AUGGAGGGCAUGUUUGGACAGGAUGAGAAUGCUGCGGUGGGCGAUGACGGCGAAGAGAGGUUUGAAGAUGCCACCGACGGGGAUGCUACACACACACUUGCAGAUGUAAUCGCGGCGUUCGACGACUACUGCCUUCCUCGUAAAAACGUAGCCAUGGAAGAAGCCUUCAAAUUUAAUUCAAUCGCCCAGAAGGAAAAGCAGACAUUCGCCGAAUUCGAGACGGAGUUGAGGACGCAAAUCCAAUAUUGCGAGUUCAGCUGUGCUAAAUGUCAGACACCGUACAGUGAUCGGAUGCUGCGCGACAGAAUUAUCAUCGGAAUCCAGGAUAAAAAGUUGCAGCUGAAGCUGUUGGACGGCAGAGACGACCCGCUAGCAAAGAUUAUUGAUACGUGUAAAAUCUUUGAGGCCGCAUCGGAAAAUAAGCAGCUCUUGGACAGAAAGGAUAAUCUUCUCGACGUGAAGCUGGUUUCGAAGAAGGUGGAAGCUGAUUCGGAAGUGAAAACCGUGGAUGCAGUUACACGUAACCGUUGCUACAGUUGUGGAAGGCAGUUCAAUCUCAACCAUCGAAGGAUGUGUCCGGCCGUGAAUGCUGAGUGUUACGCCUGUGGGGAGACGGGCCACUACAGCAAGUGCUGCCGAAAAAAGUCGACGAAACCGUAG